GAAUUAGGCAGCAGCUGCAGAGGGGAGGGCCCCCUCCCCCGCUCGCUCGCUGGUCCCGCACGGCGCCGGCGGGAGCAGCGCCGCCCCGCUCGGAGCGGCGGCUCGGGGCGCGCACGCACACACGGACCGGCGGCGGCCGGGCGGGGGGGCCGGCUGAUGAAGAUGGCAAUGUCUGUGAUCCAAGCGUGCCGCAGCCUGGCGCUCUCAACAUGGCUGCUGUCCUUUUGUUUCGUGCAUCUGCUGUGCCUGGACUUCACCGUGGCCGAGAAGGAGGAGUGGUACACGGCCUUCGUCAACAUCACCUACGCCGACCCGGCAGCCGGCAGUCCCGAGCUCCGCAGCGAGAAGAGCGAGUGUGGGCGCUACGGCGAGCAGUCGCCCAAGCAGGACGCCCGGGGGCAGGUGGCCCUCUCCGCCUCGCCCGCUGACCGCUACGCCUGCGACCCCGGCACCCGCUUCAACGCCCCGGCGCCGGGCAAGAGCUGGGUGGCCCUGAUCCCGCGGGGAAACUGCACCUACAAGGACAAGAUCCGCCACGCCGCCGCCCAGAACGCCUCCGCCGUCGUCAUUUAUAACGUGGGCUCCAGCAACGCCAACGAAACCAUCACCAUGCCCCACGCAGGCUUAGAAGAUGUUGUAGCAAUAAUGAUUCCUGAACCCAAAGGAAAAGAGAUAGUGAGCCUCCUGGAGAGGAACAUUACUGUGAUGAUGUACAUAACCAUCGGGACUCGCAACCUGCAGAAGUACGUUAGCCGGACCUCGGUGGUGUUUGUCUCCAUCUCCUUCAUUGUGCUGAUGAUCAUCUCCUUGGCAUGGCUGGUCUUCUACUACAUCCAGAGAUUCCGCUACGCAAAUGCCAGAGACAGAAAUCAGCGCCGGCUUGGAGAUGCUGCGAAGAAAGCAAUCAGCAAGCUGCAAGUCAGGACGAUCAGGAAAGGUGACAAGGAGACUGAGCCAGACUUUGAUAACUGUGCUGUUUGUAUCGAAGGCUACAAGCCCAAUGAUGUUGUCAGGAUAUUGCCUUGCAGGCAUCUUUUCCACAAGUCCUGUGUAGACCCCUGGCUGCUAGACCAUCGUACCUGCCCGAUGUGUAAAAUGAAUAUUCUAAAAGCUCUAGGGAUUCCGCCAAAUGCAGAUUGCAUGGAUGAUAUACCUCCAGACUUGGAAGCAUCCAUAGGAGGACCACCGACCAACCAGAUCACAGGAGCCAGUGACAUUACCGUGAACGAAAGCUCUGUCGCCCUGGAUCCCCCAGCCCGGACUGUGGGAGCACUACAAGUCAUCCAAGACGUAGACUCCUUUCCUCAGGCUGGUGAGAGUAACUUCACAACAAGCAUGUGUGUAAACCUGGAAUUUCCUGAUGUGUGAAACUUGUCGGCUGUUUCUUCCUGAACUCAGCCACUGCACACUUUGGCAUUCAUAGGAGGCAAAAGGUUACCAGUGGGAAGGGACCCAAGUGACAGCCUGGUCUUCGUGACGUGUCUCCAGCUCCUUACUGCUCUGGUCCUCUCUGCCCUUCAGCUGCUUCUAAACAGAAAGCAGCAGCUGUGUGAGAGGUAAAUGCUUCUGCUACCUCAAGGGAGAGCUGCAACCUCAGCCCAGACACGGCACGAUGUGUUAAAACAGCUUUAAAAGAUGACUGUUGUGCCGUGCCUCAGUGGGAGUCGGGCCACUGUUGUGAGGGGUCAUCCAGCUGCUCUUCCCUUGCCUUAUCAGACAUCACUGUGCAUCCCUGGGAGCAAGGGGAGGAGGAGAGCCCAGGGAUUCUUGUGUCAUCCAGCAUAGGUAUGCUGCUUCCUAGUAGUUUGAGGCACAGUAAAAAUCCUUAAUGUAAUUUAAGAGACAUACAGAAAAGUUUUCCAGUAGAUGCAAAAGAAGGCAGAGAGAAAUCCCUGACGGAGCCAGCUCCUGGCUCAAGCUACAGCCCUGCCACGGGUCCCAGACUUCCCUCAUCCUGGCGCACCUUUUUUGCUUUCUGGCUGGUGCCGCCAGCACACACACCUCUUCAGCGCCGCUUUCGAGAUGACAACAUGCCAGUUCGGCUGGAGCCCUGGAUUGUAUUCCCCCAGGAACAGCUGUGGGCCAGUUCACUCCCAGCUCCCCAGACCCUGCUGUCUCCUUGCUC